AUGUGUAUCGUGCAUGAUCUCGCAGAGGCACAAGUCGGGGACAUCACUCCAAGCGAGGGGAUAUCAAAGGAAGAGAAGAAGCGACUCGAAUCGGAAGCGAUGCACAAUUUUGUGCAUGACAUGUUGCAUGGGAGCGAAGCUGCGCUCAAAAUAGAGGCUCUGUGGAGGGAAUACGAGGAGCAGCAGACUAAAGAGGCAAAGUUUGUGAAAGAUUUAGACCGCCUGGAAAUGGCGCUGCAAGCUCGAGAAUACGAGAAGGAACAUGGUAGAAACCUUCAGGAAUUUUUCGAUAGCAGUCUGCCCCUGUUGCGUCACAAAGAAGUGAGAGGAUGGGGAGAAGCCCUUGACAAGGAGCGAAGGUGA